GGUGAAUGAUCAGCGCUGUUUCACACAAAUAGUUAUAUAAUUUUGUUUUACAAUGAGUGAUAACAAUGAGCAGUAUUUGGAUGAAAUUGCCGUAAAGAAUUUCAUUCGAUACUUACAAUUUGUGACAGUUCAUCCCAAUCCAUGCUAUCGACCUGCUGUUGAGUGGCUUGUUAAAUUGGGUCAAGAAUUACAGCUCAUGUGCAAUGUCGUUGAAAUCGUUCCAGAUAAUCCUAUCGUCAUCAUGCGUUGGGAUGGAUAUCAACCGGAAUUACCAGCAAUCAUGUUAAAUUCACAUAUGGACGUAGUACCAGUAGUCGAAGAAAAAUGGUCAUAUCCUCCAUUCAGUGGUACAAUUACACCUGAUGGUAAAAUAUACGGUCGAGGUACUCAGGAUAUGAAAUCAAUUGGUAUUCAACAGUUGGAGGCUAUUCGAAGAUUAAAAUCACGUGGAUGCAACCAGUUGCGUCGUACAGUUUAUUUGACUUUUGUACCUGACGAGGAGUUAGGUGGUGUAAAAGGAAUGAAACAAUUUGUAUCGAAUCAUAAUGAAUGUAAUAAUCAUUCCGAAGAAAUUAGAUUUCAAGAUAUGAAUAUUGGGCUUUGUUUAGAUGAAGGUAUACCAAGUUGUUCAGAAGAUUAUUUGGCAUUUUACGACGAACGUCGUCCAGUUUGGAUAAAUGUACAUUUUCAUGGUAAUGCUGGUCAUGGUCUCGCUUUAAUUGAAAAUACAGCCGCUGAAAAAUUCCGGAUAUUUUUAAAUAGUAUUUACAGUUUCCGCAAAGAAGAACAAUUAAGGUUAGAAAACUCUCUAGGAAAACUAACAUUGGGGGAUAUAACAACAAUUAAUAUGACAAUGAUAAAUGGAGGUGUUCAGCAUAAUGUUGUCCCUGAACAGUUGUCAGCAUCAUUUGACAUUAGAUUAACUCCGUCAUUGUCACUGGAUGACUUCAAAAAGAAAUUAAAUCAGUGGGCAUUAAAUGCUGGUGGACAGAUUGAAUUCGAAUUCAUCAAUACUGGAGUUGAUCUAAAACAAUCAGUUAUUACCCCAGAUGAAUCCACUAAUCCUUGGUGGGCUACUUUAAUUAGUGUCUGCUCAAAAUACGGUAGUAAAGUUCAAAAGAGAAUAUUUCCUGGUGGUACAGAUGCCAGAUUUGUUCGAGAAUAUCAUUUACUUCCACAUGCUACUAAUAACAAACCAAUACAAGCAAUUGGAUUUUCGCCGAUCAAAAACACCCCCGUUUUAUUGCAUGAUCAUGAUGAAUGGUUAGAUAAAACAGAAUUUUUGCGUGGAUGUCGAUUGUACUCUGAUCUUGUUCAAGCUCUCGCUGAAUUACUCUGACCCAGUGGUUUCUAUUCAGCUGUAUUGCUUUUGUUUUCAUUGGUCUUUGUUAAUUACUGACUGAAUUUGUAGUUAUUACUUAUAGUUUUAAGUUUAUUGUCAUUGUUUUACGUAAUUGUAUCCGGUGAUUUAAAUAAAUAUCUGGGUUAUUUCAGUUAA